AUGGGGGAAGCGGCCACUGUUUCGUGGAUCACGGGGCAAGUUGAGCAGCGUUCGAGGGGCAGACGGUUAUCUGAGAACCAGGGAGGGAAGAGUGAGGGUCGAAAAAGGGGGGAAAGGGAAACUGAAAAGCAGCAGGAGCUAAAAGAGCAGCAAAACAACCAGGACAGCAAAGGAGAACAAAAAGAACAGCAGCCAGAGCAUUCAACCUCCUUACAACGACCCCGAUCCAACGACGAUAACCCCCUCCCAGCCCUCCUUCCGACCCUCCUUUACCAAGGCCCCUCCCCCUCGCCCUUCCCGAACACUGCCCCCUCCUCCUACGCGAUCUACCAACCAACUGAAGGCACCCCAAUCUCUUUCCUCCCCCAACCCCUCAGUCCACAAGCUCAAACCAACAUCGACUUCCAACUCGGUCGUCUCUUCCGUCACCUCGCCCAAUUCACCUCCCCAACAGGCCGUUUUGGGCCCGUCCCCGCUGUCCUAGCAGCACAGGGCUCCCCAGGUCCUAGACCUUCCUCCCCCGGAGCGCCCCCAACAAUAACCGACUCUCCCCCGGGAUUCCAACUCGCGAUCCCUGCCCCGGGAGGAGGGAGUUUGAUGUCGACGGGGGGAGCGGCGGCGUGGUCAACUGCGUUUCAUUCCAUGCUGGAAGGGGUAUUGAGGGAUGGGGAGGAUAUGGCGGUUGCGAUACCGUAUGCUACGAUAAGGAGGCAUUUUCGACGGUUGGGUUAUGUAUUGGAUGCGGUUAGGGAGGGGAGGUUGGUUGUUGUUAGGGGUGGGAAGGAAGGGGUUGUUCUUGUGAAGAAGGAGGAGGAGGAAGAGGAAGAAGAGGGAGAGAAAGGGGGGUAUAAGUUGAGAGGGCUAGGAGAUUGGAGUAGUGCCGUGUUUGGGGACGUAUUGUUGGCGACGGUAUUUAGUGAUCCAUUGGUUAAGGAGGGGGGUGUGAGGGAGGGGUUUGUUAGAGGGUUUAAUGGGGAGGGACUGCCGCCAUCAACAUCGGCGAGUGAACAAGGCAGCACUACAACGCAGUUUGUCGACCUUAUGCAGACCAUCGACCCUUCCCUCGUUCAAUCUCCAGAAACAGCCCCGACUCGAAUCCUCCUCUACCAAGUUUACCAUGCGGUAUCGCGCAUAGUCUCCGAGUUUUAUCGACCAUCGCGGGCAGAGGGCAGUACGAGCAGUGAGCUUGAGGCAAGGAAAAAGUUGAACGAGGUGUUGGCGAAACUAACCAAGGUGUCGGAUUAUCCUCUGGUGUCACCAUCACAACCACAGGUGCAAGCACAGGAGUUAGGAUCACAACGCCAAGCAGUGCGAGUUCAAUAUCCGCAACACCAUUGGGGAGAAUGGUAUCCAUCGAUACAGCAACAGCAACUAACGUUGGGGGAGGGAUCAGCAAAGGGGGAUAAGAAGGACACGCUGUUAAGGAAACAUCGUAGGAUGAGCGGAGAGAUGAGUCCGGCUAAGAAGGUCAAGUCGGAUGAUGAAGAUGAUGGGAAAUAA